GUUUUAUUUAAUGAAUUAACAGCAAGAAGAAGUAGAAAUAUUUGAUAACCCGACUUCAAAUAGAAAUUCUGAAGAAAUAAGUAAAUCCCUUUUUUCUACUGUUUUUGCCAUCAUUUACAAUUCCAGUUGGGGACUAUUGUUUCUAAUUUUUCGACAUUAUAGUAAUUAGAUUUUGGUUUUAAUCAAGAGAUGAUUCCGAAUGCCAGCUGAUUGAUUCAUGGACACUUUACACAGAGAUUGUAUUAUUUACUAUAGCUGGAUAUAAAUUGUAUGUGGUUUAACAAUAUUAGAUUAAUUGAAUUACCGAUUUAAUAUUAGACUAAUGAAUAAUGGAAAAAUUAAUUGUUUGAUGUUGUAGAUUAUCUAGAACUAUUUUUUAAUGUAGUUAUUCUAAUUGGAUUAACUGUAAAAAAAUUUAUAAAUACUAUAUUAGUAUGCUUAUGUCUAGGACGAAGAAUGUUAUCAUCUCAAAAGAUUUGUUUUAGGAUAUUUGAUCGUUACAUACUUAAUACUAAUGAUAUGGUUGAUAUCCUUCAUAUAUAUUAUUUGCAGUAGAGAACAAUUUACCCAAAACUUAUGA